AUGUUCGAGAAAAUACACUCAAUCUUCAACAAACAUUCCACCCCCUUCCAGAUUCUCUCAGAUCUCCAUCUAGAGAUCAAUCAACAAUAUCUAUCCCUUGGGAUCCCCGUACGCGCCAAACAUCUCAUUCUCGCCGGUGACAUCGGGCGUUUAGUCGACUACGACAAUUACCGCGAUUUCUUACAAAAGCAAACAGAUCGGUUCGAGCUUGUCUUUCUUGUCCUCGGAAAUCAUGCAUUCUACAACGAAAUUUUUGCGACAGGAUUAGCGAACGCCAGACAACUCGAGCAGGAACCUUGCUUGAAUGGGCGUCUAGCCAUUCUCCACCGGACAAGCUAUGACGUCCCGGAGUCAAACGUUACUAUCCUCGGCUGUACACUCUGGUCCAAGGUCCCAGUUGACGCAAAAGAGAUUGUCCAGUCAAAAAUUCAAGACUUCAAAAAGAUCCAGGAUUGGACCAUUGACGAUCACAAUACAUCCCACGAGACAGAUCUUGCCUGGCUACUCAGCGAGAUUCAGUCACUACAAACUCAAAGCAAAAAUCAAAAACAAAAACGAUCUAUACUGAUCAUGACACACCACGCACCAUCACUGCAGAAUACAUCUAGUCCACAACAUGCGAAUAACCCGUGGAGCUCUGCCUUUGCAACUGAUAUCCUUUCGAAGAUUUCGGAUGUCAGCAGUGUUAAGGCUUGGGUUUUUGGGCAUACGCAUUACUCGACGGAAUUUAGGGAGAGGGGGGUACGAGUUUUGGCAAAUCAACGGGGGUACAUACUUCCGUGGAAUAAUGAGAAGGGGUUGAAGGAUGGGUUUGAUGUUGGGAAGGUUAUACAUGUAUGA